AUGAGUGGGUAUGUGAGAAAUAGACUAGCAAAUGAGUUGAUUGAUACUAACUAUUCUAGUUAUAUUGUUGUUGCUGUAUUUAUUGUAGUCAUUUCAUUAUCUUGUUUGGCUUGGGUAUUUGCUCCAAAAGAAAAUACAACUGUUUUUAGAUCAUCUGUUAUAUUAGCUUUAGCAAUGUGUUAUUUAAUGUGGGCAAUCACUUAUCUAGCUCAAUUACAUCCUUUGGAAGCUCCAAGGAGAUCAGAUUUAAGACCAGAGAAAACAGAAUAG